AUGGGUGGUCUUGAAAAUGCCAUGGGGCUUCAACAUGAAAACGAGGGCAUUCUGAAUUGUCCAUCAUCGGGUUUGAGGACAAAUGUUACUGAAAUGACAAUUAGUUCUGUGUCUAUGGCUAUGCCUUCAGGCGUAGCUAAUCCUUUUCUUGCUUCUUCUGCUUGGGAUCCACUUGUUUCGUUGAGUCAGAUUCAAACUUUUGAAGGCUCUCCAAUGGUUUCUCAUGGCAAGUUUGCCCAUUCAUCUUACCCUCUUGCUUUGGAAAAUCAAGGAAUGAGUAGCAACUCUCACCUUGUUCAAUAUAUGUCUGACUCAAAUAUUGCGGACAUGGUCCCCAAGGUUUCCUCCUAUGGAAGUGGGAGCUUCUCAGAAAUGGUUGACUCCAUUGGCCAACCUGGGUCUGGUGAUAUAGCUAACAAAGGGUAUCAGCCAAAUUAUAAUCCGAACAAUGAAAUGGGAAUCGAAAGGGGUCCAAAAAAUAAUGAGCAAUCACAGGGUGAAGGUUCAACACCUGAAGAGGGAGAAACAGGACCCACACCUAGUGAAAAUAGAAGAAAGCGUGGACUUCACUAUAAUUCUACUUUCAGCCCAAAUAAGAAUGCUGAGGAGGAUGGAAUUAAAGAUUCUUCUGGGAAGAGCUCUUGUGGUGUGAAAGAGCAAUAUGAAAAGAAAUCAAAAAUUGAACAAAAUGCUAGUGCAGAUUUACGUGGUGAGCAAUUGCUGAAGCAAAAGAAAGAUAGCUCUCAGAGCGGAGAAGCUCCCAAAGAAAAUUUCAUUCAUGUUAGAGCCCGAAGAGGUCAAGCUACAAACAGUCACAGCCUUGCAGAAAGGGUAAGGAGAGAAAAGAUUAGUGAGCGAAUGAGGUUGCUUCAAGAACUUGUUCCAGGAUGUGACAAGAUAAUGGGCAAAGCAGUAAUGCUUGAUGAGAUUAUAAAUUAUGUGCAGUCACUGCAACAGCAGGUUGAGUUUCUGUCCAUGAAACUUGCCACCGUGAACCCAGAACUGAAUUUUGACGUAGAGCGGAUUCUCGUCAAAGAUAUUCUCCAGCCACGCAUUGGACAUGGACCUAUUGGUAUCAGCUGCUCUCACUCAUUCCCCUCUAGAAAUUUCCUGGGAACACUAGCAGGCAUGCCCAGCACAUCAACACAAUUCCCUCCUUUGCCACUGCAGCCUGUUUUGGACCACGACUUCCCAAGCCUCUAUGGAAUGAGCUAUGAUUCAAGUACAGGUCUUGACAAUAUGGACCUAAUGGAUGGUUGAAAACAGAAUUAUAGUGUGUGGGAUAUAUGGCCUUGUUUCUUUGAACGGAGACUUUGGAAAUACUAUCCAGUUGACUGCACAAAUUAAUUGAAGUUGGAACUUGGAAGGAGGGAGAAUAAAAAGGAUUUAGUUAGUGGUAUAGGAUAUUAAUACUUAACUGUUCGCUCUUCGAAGAAGAUGACUCGUUAAAUAUAUGUUCUAUGUAUAUUAAGUUGAGGGAACGAAAUCAGGCUCUGAUUGGCGAGGUUGAUUGUUUUCAACUUGUGUUUCAUGUUAGAGAAAUGUGGGAACUUUUCUAAGGGUAUCUGGUUCUCCUCCUCUUCUUGUUCUUUUUCCAUGUAAUGAAAGAAACGCUUCUUGAUGCAUAGAGGAGUGAAAUUGGUGCAAAAUGUAUGAGGAUGAGACGAGUGGCAU